AUGCAUCUAAAAGAGGAGAGUCCAGAACUGGAGGGAUUUGAAGAUCACGAUUUCAAAACUGGAGAGAAGUCUGUUAGUUGCUCAAUUACAAAAAAGGUUUCCUCACAAAAAAGAGCCGUGAAGACAAAAACUAGAAGUGAUUUCCCCUGUCAACAGUGUGGAAAAAGUUUAACUCGAAAAUCAAACCUUGAAGUCCACAUGAGAGUUCACACUGGAGAGAAGCCGUUCAAAUGCCGACAGUGUAAAAAGAUUUUCAGUGAAAAACGAAACCUUGAAGUCCACAUGAGAGUUCACACUGGAGAGAAGCCGUACAAAUGCCCACAGUGUGGAAAGAGUUUCACUCAAAAAUCAAGCCUCAAUGUCCAUAUGAGAGAUCACACUGGAGAGAGUCCUUUCACCUGCCAACAGUGUGGGAAAAAAUUCACUCAAAAAGGGAACUUGAAUGUCCAUAUGAAACUUCACACUGGAGAGAAGCCUUUCACCUGCAAUCGGUGUGGGAAGAGCUUCACACUAAAAGGAAAUCUACAGAUUCACUUGAGGAUUCACACUGAAGUGAAGCCAUUCACAUGUGACCAGUGUGGGAAGAGUUUCAGAUCUAAACAAACUCUUGAAACCCACAUGAUGAUUCACUCAAGAGAGAAAUGCCAUCAGUGUGGAAGGAGCUGCAAAGACAGUGAACACCUGAAGAACCAUGUAAAAACACACACUGGAGAGAAGCCUUUCACCUGCAAUCUGUGUGGGAAGAGCUUCACACUAAAAGGAAAUCUACAGUUUCACAUGAGUAUUCACACCGGAGAGAAGCCAUUCUCAUGUGACCAGUGUGGGAAGAGUUUCAGAUCUAAACAAACUCUUGAAACCCACAUGAUGAUUCACUCAAGAGAGAAAUGCCAUCAGUGUGGAAGGAGCUUCAAAGAUAGUGAACACCUGAAGAACCAUGUAAAAACACACAGCGGAGAGAAGCCGCACAUGUGUCUUGACUGUGGAAUGACAUGCUCAAGCAAUUCAAGCCUUCAGAGGCACAUAAGAGGUCACUCUAGAAAGAAGCCUUUUUUCUGUCCUCAGUGUGACGCGAGUUUCACAAAUCAAAGAGACUUGAAACAACAUUUGCAGACUCAUUCUAGAAAGAAACCUAAAUGUUCUAAGCCUGCCAAGAGGAAAAAAAGCAGUAUCAAAAGUCACCUGUAAAUUUACUCUGGAGGAAAGUGAUUUAAUCUUGCUCAGGGUCAAAUAAUAUUUUU